ACUGAUGAGAUAUUGUUCGAACAAAAGGGCAAGAGUAUGAAUAUUACCUUGAAUCGCCCAAAGGCAUUGAAUGCUCUUAAUCAAUCGAUGGUCAAGACAUUGACACCAAUGUAUAGACAAUGGCAUACAUUGCGUGAUGGUGAUGGUGUCAUCAUAAUGAAGGGUGCUGGCGAGAAGGCAUUCUGUGCUGGUGGUGACAUUCGUGCCAUCUACGACGGCAGUAGACCAAGUGUACUCAAGACUGGACAAGAGCCAGACGACAGCUUCUUCACAGAGGAGUACACCCUUAACAAUCUCAUUGGCACUUCACCAAUCCCUCAAGUAUCAUUGUAUAAUGGAAUAACAAUGGGAGGUGGCGUUGGAUUGUCCGUUCAUGGCAAGUUCAGAGUGGCCACGGACAACACAAUGUUUGCCAUGCCAGAGACUGGAAUUGGAUUCUUCUGUGAUGUCGGUGGAUCACACUUCCUUCCAAGACUUCCGCACAACACUGGAAUGUACCUUGGAUUGACCGGAGCCAAGCUAAAGGGCAAGGACUGCUUUGUCGCAGGAGUUGCUACUCAUUAUGUACCAAUUGGAAAGAUGACAGAGUUGCAAAAGACUUUGGAGAACAUGUCUAAUCCAACUGCUGCUAAUGUGGCUGAUGUGUUGUCCACCUUCCACGAGAAGGUUGAUAUCAAUGACGCCAACACUAUCAGUAACAAGUUUGAACAGUUUGAUCGUAUCUUCUCAAAGGGUUCGGUCGAGGAGAUUGUUGCUGCCCUGGAGAAGGACGGCAGUGAAUGGGCCAAGCAGACCAUCGCCGUCCUCAACACAAUGUCCCCAACAGCACUCAAGGUCGUCCAUCGCCAGAUAAUCAACGGAAGCAAGUUACCCAAUCUAGCCGAGUGUCUUAAGAUGGAGAUGAGAAUGGCCGCUACCUUUGUCAGGAACAAUGAUUUCUUUGAGGGAGUCAGAGCACUCUUGGUGGACAAGGAUAAGAACCCCAAGUGGCAGCCAGCCACCCUUUCACAGGUCACCGAUGCCAUGGUCAACAAAUACUUUGAGCCACUUUCAAAGUCAAAGGAGUUGAACAUCUAA